UUGAAACGCGACAGUAGGCUUGCUGAAGGGGAGGCGGGCAAGUGUGAUGCGCUCCAACUUCUUGUUUCCAGACGCCAGCAUGUACUGCUUUUGAUUCUAGGAGAGCGGACAGAGCAGAUGCAGAGAAAAGCACUUACUUUACACACUGUACUCGGGAGCCCAUUGUAGGUGCCAGAGUGCACAGCGUGGCACCCAGUCCAGAGCAUGUUCAUCAUCACAGGGCUGAAUUGACUUUUUUUUUUAUUUUUAUUUUUAAACACAGAAGGAAAAAGGACUGAGAGAGAGAACUUACACAUAACCUGGAAAUUAAGCCUUUUUUUUUCCUCCUUCAUGCAUCCAGCCUUUUUUAGGCAACUCUGGACUGAAGCGCUAUCAAGUUUCUUGCGCAUCUCAGGUGUGAAUUAUUAUUUGUACUCGGCUCAAACUGUCAAAGACUGAGAGAGAAAAGAGCUGAGUUUGCUUUAAAGUGAAUCAGAAACCCAAGAAGAGAGGGAGAGAGAGCAAAGUACCCCGCUCUCCCUCCUCAGUGUGUGUGUGAGUGUGAAUAAGUGGGGAAACAUGGUGCAGAAAAUGAGCCACACGGAGAGCACGGCCGAGGCGCUGUCCUUCUUCAGCGGGGACUCGAGCUCCGACUCCGGGGCGAGCAUGGACAUGGAGGCCGCCGCCUCGCCGCUCUCCCCGGGCUCCGCGGCGGACGACCCGGCCUGGUGCAAGACCCCCAGCGGACACAUCAAGAGACCCAUGAACGCCUUCAUGGUGUGGUCCCAGAUCGAGAGGAGGAAGAUCAUGGAGCAGUCACCGGACAUGCACAACGCCGAGAUCUCCAAGCGGCUGGGCAAGCGCUGGAAGCUGCUGAGAGACCAGGACAAGAUCCCCUUCAUCCGGGAGGCGGAGCGGCUGCGGCUCAAGCACAUGGCCGACUACCCGGACUACAAGUACCGGCCCAGGAAGAAAGUCAAGUCGGGCGCAACGAAACUGGGAAGCAGCAGUGGUGAGAGCAGGGGGGACAAAGUGAGCAGCAGCAGCGGCUCGAACAGCAACAAUAACACCAGCAAGACCUCCUCCUCCUCCUCCAGGAAGAGUGGAGCCAAAUCCCCCACCAGCAGCAGCAGCAAAGCCCACAAACCCGCGUUCAGCAGCAGCAAAGCACUGCUCUCCUCAGAGCUGCACGAACACCACCACAACUCCCUCUACAAGUCCAAGGCUGCAGCCUCCUCCUCCUCCUCUGCAGCCCGGCAGAUCCCGGAGGGCAAGAAGCCCCGGCGGGUGUACGUGUUCGGGAGCUCCGCGCUCAGCCCCGCGGGCUCCGUGGUGACGGUGCCGGCCAGCCCGGAGCUCUGCAGCUCGGCCGACUGCAGCGACCCGCUCAGCCUGUACGAGGACGCGGGAGGCCGGGAGGAGGGAGUAGUGGGAGCCGGGGAGGGAGCCGGCUCCCCCGCCAGCAGCAGCAGCAGCUCCGCCGGCCACACGUACAGCAGCCGGCGGGCUCCCUCGCCCUCGCCCUCCGGCUCCCACUCCUCCUCCUCCAUGUCCUCCGCGUCCUCCUCCUCCUCUUCCUCCUCGGAGGACGAGGAGUUCGAGGACGACCUGUUCGACGUGAACCCCAGCCCCAGCUUCAUGUCCCCGGGCAGCCUGGGCUCCCAGUCCGUGCUGGACCGGGACUGGGACCUGAGCGGAGAGUCUGUCUCCGGCGGCUCCCACUUCGAGUUCCCCGACUACUGCACGCCCGAGGUGAGCGAGAUGAUCUCCGGGGACUGGCUGGAGUCCACCAUCUCCAACCUGGUGUUCACGUACUGACACAAGCACGGGUCUGGAGGGUCUGCGGUCCGCAGACGGCAACAGUAACAGUCCCCCUGCUGCAGUUUCCAGCGCUGCUGGUCCAUGGUUUCAGAGAUGAGACUUGGCCCCCGUCCCUGCUCCGACAUGCUGGGGGAAAGAGCUGCAAAUCCUUGGAGAGCUAAACUCGCUUUUUUCGGGGAGGGGGGGACUUUUCUUUGGAUGCGUGGACGGAGGGACUUGAACCAACCACCAAAAUGGAGGGAGUGCAAAACUAAAGAGGAGAGAAAAAGGAAGCAGCUGAGUUUCUAACACUCAGUCCUGGGACUGUUUUGUACUGAAUAACUUUAACUGUGAUUGAUUUGCACGUUAUGCGGUCCGCCGUUCACUUAAUCAAUGUUGUCGCUGAGUUUUCCUUUCUUUUUUAAAGGGACAUUUCACAACUUUUUUUUUUUUUUUUCUCAAUCGCAAAGUGAACUUCACCACUAAAAGGUACAAUAUUGGACUGCCGUGCGACAUCUUUGUCACCGAGAGGCAUUUUUUUUAAUGAAAUCGAGGUGGGUUUGUCUUUCUUUUUUUUUGUUUAUUUUUAUUUAAAGUCGACUAUUUUCGCAAAAAGCAAAAAAAAAAAAAACAAACAUGUUAAGCAUGAUAGCCUACAAUGUUCCUAUCUUGUGCUGAGAUUUUCUGUGAGACUGUUGGAGCAGUUUAAAAACUAGUAUUAGGGUUAUUUAAAAGGAUAGGUGGCGCUCGCUUUGUAAAAAAUAAAAAAAUAAAAAAAACAAAAACAAAAAAGCAACAAAAAAA